GUUUACUUCCUCAUUCGAAAUGGCUGGCGUCUGGUGGAUCAUUUUAUUAUACGGAGUAAUUCACUGCUACGAAGAUCUGUGCACCAAUUAUAAUUGCACGGCCCGAUUGAGCACAACAUAUAGAGACUUAUCUGCAGAUAAGGUCAUCGACGGGAAUAUCCAUCAAGAUUUCUUAAGUUGUUCACAUACAGAACUUGGACAAACUUCCGCAUUUGUUGAGGUGGAUUUAGGGAGAGUUUUUCAGUUGAAAAAUAUUGUAAUAUACUACAGAAUUGAAGAUAAUUGGAAGCCAUAUAGAUUCAGAAAAUUCGAAUUAGCUGUUGCUACAGGGGCUUUUUCGCAAUGGAUAUUGUGCUAUAAAGAUACCACUGGAUUUCCUUAUGUACCCUCUAGUGUUCAAAAUAUCAAGUGUAAUGAAUCUGCGAGAUACGUUAGAAUUACAACGAGUUAUGACGCCCCUGAAGACAAGGAAAAAGGUGCUGUACUAGAAGUAUGCGAAAUAAAAAUGUUUGGUUGUAAUGUUGGUUAUUACGGACCAUCAUGUUCAUCUUGUGGAGGUUGUCAAACAUGUAACAUUGAAACUGGUUGCCAAUGCAGCUCUAAUUGUGUAAACAGUUCCUGCGAUGAAUAUGGUAACUGUACAGACGACUGUUAUCCAGGUUUUUGGGGUGAAAAGUGUCAAAACCAAUGUCAACAUGUCAACUGUCUAAAUAAUGUCUGCAAAAAAACAGACGGCGCUUGCCUUUCCUGCAAACUUGGAUACUAUGGUGAUACGUGUAGCACAAAUUGUUUCAACUGCUUUGGACAAAGUUGUAGUAACGUGGGCUCCUGUUAUAAUGGAUGUAUUACUGGAUUUUACGGUAACAAAUGCGAUAGAGCAUGUGGAAACUGUAAUCCUAAUAGUUGCGAUAGGUACACAGGAAGUUGUGACUUUUGUGAUUUAGGAUUUUACGGUGACAAAUGUAAUUUACAAUGUACAUCAAACUGCUACAAUGGAGAGUGCAGAAAAGCUGAUGGGUAUUGUUUUGUAUGCGCGAAUAUGACGUUUGGAUUUCAAUGCAAUCAAACUUGUAAUGAUAACUGUUUUUCAUCAAGUUGUGAUCAGGAUACUGGCAAGUGUAAUAAAGGUUGCGAAAAUGGAUUUUAUGGUUCCUUCUGCAAUAUGUCAUGUAGUUCCAACUGCGCACGCGCUGUCUGUGAUAGUAUUAAUGGAGCUUGUGAGGAAGGGUGUAAAACAAAUUGGACAGGAAGGAAAUGCGACGAGUGUGACUCUGCACAUUACGGGGUUAAUUGUUCCAAGGAAUGUUCGUCGUCGUGUAAGUCAGGAUGCUAUAGCGACAAUGGCAUGUGCAUAGGCAAUUGUGAAAUUGGUAAAUAUGGAAACUUCUGCAAUAAUGCAUGUCACAAGAACUGCAAAAAUGGAUGCAGCAAAAACAAUGGUAGCUGCAAAAGUUGUAUUGAUGGAAAAUUUGGAGUCACUUGUCAACAAAAAUGUGGAGCAGGAUGCACGUCUAACUGUGCUCAAAAUGAUGGGAGUUGUACGUGCAAAACGGGCUGGCAAGGAAAAUAUUGCAUUGAAUGUAGUCCAUUCUUUUACGGCGAAAUGUGUGAACAGAGAUGUAGCCUGAACUGCUUGAACGGAACCUGUUUUUCAAAAACUGGAUCAUGUAUAUCAGGAUGCAAAGGGGAUUUUCUCGACGAAAAAUGUGCAAUGAGAAAGAAAUAA